AUGUCUUCUGUGAUAAAGCAAGCAGGCUCUACAGCUAAAAAGUUUGUCUCAAAGAGAGCCUGGCAAAAGAUGAAUGAGAUCAAGCCUAGGAUCUCAGGGAAAACCACAGUAGCGCUGGUUAAGCCAAACAUGCCCAAAAAGAGUCCUCCCCUCUCUGAAGCUUUAAAGAGAGAGAUACAAAAAGAAUUUUUUAACAUCAAAGAAGUCCAAGCCAAAGUAACUCCUUUUAACGCUCUUGAAGUCCUAGAUGCUUCAUUUGAAGGCUUUUUCCUCAAUCGCGAGUACAAUUUAGAAAAUUUCAAUCUCUUAAUACGAAUGCUUGCAAGCCGAGGAAAAAUCGAUGAGGCUCUUGGGAUAUUGGAAAAAAUGAAAAUUAUGGGCAUCACCCCUGACAAGCAUACCUAUAUCCAGUUAAUGGUUGCAAGUGGAAAAGCCCAAGACACAGAUACGGCUGAAAUAGUUUUUGAUAAAGCUGUAGAAGCUUUAGGACACCCAGAUGGUAGCAUGUAUACCACACUACUGUCAACCUAUGCGAAUUGUGCAAAUCCUGACAAAGUUCAAGCAUUAAUUAACGAAAAAAAAGCAAAAGGGUAUAAGGUCACCGCUGCUGAUUGGACUAAUUUAAUAAGAGCUCUGGAUAAGGCUGACAGAUCUUUAGAAGGUGUAGAAGUAUAUAAAAAGAGGCAAACUGAAGUAGAAAUUGAUGAAUAUAUGGUCAGUACUGCAAUUAAAGCUUGUGCUAAGUGUUAUGAAGCAGAAUAUGCUAAAUUUCCUAUUGAUGGUCUACAUUUUUUGUUUAUAAUUAUUAUUAUCUGUAUUAGGCUUUAAAAUCAUAUUUUAAUUUUAUUAUACUAAUCUCAAAAAAUUUCAACUAGAAUGAAAAAUGAUUGAGAUAAGGGGUUUUUUGAAUUAAAUUUUAUUUAAAAAACUAUAAUUAAAAGUAUGUUUUUGUUUUUUUUUUGCCAAAAGCAUUCACUAAAACUCUAUCAGAAAGAUCUUAUAUUUUUUUAUUUUUGCUAAUAAUAUAGGGGAUUAAAAGACUAUGGGAUGAUUUGCAAUCACUUGGGUUUAAAGACGUUGCUUUUCAUUAUAAUGCAAUUAUUUUUGCACUCGGAAAAAGGCGUGAUUAUGCUGAAGAAGCACUUGACAUUUAUAGACGAAUGAAAGGGCUGUUCAUACAAAUUGAUAGUGACACAAUUAAAGGAGUUCUAACAGCUUGCUCAAGGCUUGGUGAUUUAGUGUCUGCCCAGCAUGCACUUAUUGAUAUGAAAAAUGCCGGACUUGAAAUGACUCCUACCUUCUAUAAUUUGCUAUUAAGGACCUAUGCAGAAGCUUGUGUAAAUGCAACAGAAAACGCGAAAGAUAUUUUUAUUAAAGAAAGCUGAGAGUUAUUUAGACAAUGUGAAGAAAAAGGCAUGGUUGAAAAACAUGUAGUGUGCUCCCUCCUCACCGUUCACUGCAAAGCAUUCCGAGAGCACCAAGCUGAAGAUAUGGUCCUUCCUAUUUAUGAUGAAUAUGGCUUUAAAAAAGAGAAGGAAGAAUACAGAGCCUUAAUGGAAAUGUACACACUCCUUAAUGAGCCUAAAAUAGUUUUCAGGCUUUGAGAUUCGUUUGUGGUCGAGAAACUCAAGCCAGACAUGUAUAUACUUAAUAGCUAUCUACAAAACACACUGAAAACUGGAGACACAGACAGGGCUGUUGAGUGUCUUUAUGCUUUCAAAGAAAAUAAUUUAAGGCCGAUGUACGUGCUUAUUAAAAAAAUUCAUUUUAUGGAAGACAAACCUCCAAGACUGUGGGCGGCCAUUCAAGAAUUUCCUUACUUUUAUACUUAUGUGCAUAACAUGAAUUAUGGGAAGAGGCUGAGAAUUGAUAAAGUUGAGGAAAGAUUUACCGCAUAA